CCAUGGGGACGGAGGGCGGGGCCGGGCGGGGCGCCAAUGGGGGCCCGCGGUGCCUCUCCUGUUCUUCCCCGGGGCGAGGAUGGCGGCGGUGGGCUGCGUGGCGCUGGCUGGGGCCUCGGCGGCCUCCUUCCGGCUGCUGAACGUGGCCCUGGGCCGCCUAGUGCCCCCACCGCCCUCGGCCCAGAGGAACCCCUGGAAGUGGCGCAACAUCUGGACCUCGCUGGCCCACAGCCUCCUCAGCGGAGCCUCCGCCCUCCUCGGGUUCUGGAUGCACCCGCAGAUGGCCCAGGACCUCAUCGAGAGCCACCCGCCGGCCUCCCAUCGCCUCCUCGGCAUCUCCCUCGGGUACUUCCUGCAGGACUUUCUGGACAUGGCGAAUAACCAGAAGCUGCACCAAUGCUGGGAGCUCCUUUUCCAUCAUUUGGUGGUGAUUGUCUGCUUCGGCUUUGCCUUCCUGGCGCACCGCUACGUGGGCUUCGCCAUGGUGGCCCUGCUGGUGGAGAUCAACUCGGUCUUCCUGCACCUGCGGACCAUCCUGCUGAUGGCCGGCCAGGCCCAGACCACCUCCUACCGCCUGACCAGCCUGGUCAACCUGGGCACCUACGUAGUCUUCCGCAUCACCACCUUGGCCUGGAUGACCCGCUGGCUGGUGCUCAACCGGGAGAGCAUCUCGCCAGGCACCUACGCCUUGAGCACGGUGGGCAUGGCCAUCAUGACCCCCAUGAACAUCAUCCUCUUCUACCGCCUCCUCCGCAACGAUUUCCUCACCUCCAGACGCUGCGAGAAGGAGAAAUAACACUGCCCCUCCCCAAAAGCUGCCUGAGGACGGCUAUGGGGCAGAGAGGGAGAGAGAAUGGAGGAGGACGGCCUGGAAGGUCUGUCCUUCUGCAUCCAACCCAUGAGUUGCAGCCGCUGCCGUUGUGACUCAGGAGCCUCUCCACUGAGGCCACAGAGGGGUCCCUUGGUGACACCCACAGCCCCCGGAGAGUGGAGCCCAAGGAGGAAGCAAGUGGGCUUCCCCAGGGAGGGCGCUUAUGGCAGCGACAUGGUGCUGCGUCAUGUUUGUUCUUGGUGUGUUAUAUACAUACACCGCACACACAGUGUCCCUGUGUGAGGGGCCUAUUUCUGGGGAGACCCCCCCCCAUCUGCCCCUUCCAUGCAUGCCCUCUUCUUGGGGGGCAUUAGUUCCCUUCCAGACCAGAGAGGUCCCCAGCAAAUGGCUAGGAAUGAGGGCCACAUAUGUACCACCGGCUCCAUCUCUCCCCUUCCUUCAGCCUUAUGUUCUGCCAUGAUCUCCCACGGCUGGGCAGUUGGGGCUCCAUUGGAGCCUGAAAGCGCAGCCGUGAUGGAGGCCUCUCUCCACCCCAGUUUAAGCCCUUGAGGAGCUCCUUUGGGGCCUGGCAUGCUUUACUAACUGUCUGCAGGUGCAUUUCUCCCUGGGAGAGAGAGGGAAGGAGGAAGGGGAUGGGGUUUUGGGGGGGGCUGGAAGGCGGCCAGUGGGGCUCCCGGGAGGAAGCAGGCCAAGGGGCUGCGUGCGAAACCCGCUCCACUCCUCUGCCAGCCAAGGCCUUGGGGCCUCGGAGGGUCCAUGGAGGCAAGGGCCUUGCUGUCCUCUAAGGGCCCCUGUGCUCCCGGAGGCAGAGGCCCACCCUUCAAAGCACCCAGGCGCUUCCUCUCCUCUUCCUGGUAACCUCCGUUUGUACUGAAGUGUGUACGAAGUGACAGUCACUAACAAUAAAAGAGCUUUGUAAAGGA